AUGGAAAAGUUCAACGAGAAGCCAUCCGUUCAGAAGCAGACCAAUGUGGAGAAACUCGUCGAGCUUCGUGAAGAAUGGAAACACAAUUGCAGGAUUUUGAGCAAGAUCAGAAAGGAAAUGAACGAAGAAAUUAAAAAUAAGCAAGUGAAAGUGAAGAUGAUGAAGGCACGAAUGAAGAUGUUGAACGCCUUCCCGUCAGUGCAGAGAAUCGAAAGGGAAUCCAACAAACGAGUUGCCCAGAAACUCGGUCGCAUUCUUGCCCUAACUACUAGGAAUGAAAACAUUUGUCAGGAAUACGAAAUGAUUAAAAAUGCGAUGGAAGUUAAGCGAAAAGAGGUGGGUUUCAGAUUUCCAGAAUUCAUCCCCGAAAUAGAAGCAUUUUCAGGAGAACUGCUCAAUCUUGCGAGAAAUUCUCGGAACGUGGAAGUCGAUUGCCGGCGAGGAACGCGACAAACACACGAAAUACAACAAGUAUUGGGACAGGCGCCGCGUGAGCAUGGACGGACUGAUAACGUUCUCGCGAGACGGAAACACGCUGAAACUGGAGAACACGUUCAGCGGAAAGGUAUCGCUCGAGUUCGCCGUCAAUCUCCGCGAUACGGACAAGUAUUCCAUCGAGAACAAUCGCUUCAACACCGUCUAUCCGUCGCGUUUGAACGGAAGUGUGCGAGUCGAGCACUACGUCGAGGACGAGAAGCUGCACAUCGUCUUCCCGGUGGGUAAUGUGCAAUACGUGGACAUCUGCGAAAGAGUUUCCUGUUAAAUUCUCGUUAUUUGUUUUUGUUGUAGUUGUUAUAAAAGCAUUUUACUCCGAAUCUCUACAUUUUCUUGUUUAUUCCGUCUAUGAUCAUCUAUCAUACUUUGAACCUUUUCCAAACUGUCAGUUUUGAAGUUAUUUGCAGUGAUGACGUCAAACGAGAAUUCGAAGAAUUUUCUCGCCGAGUUCAAGAAGCGCGUAUUGGGAGCGAAUUCGAUGAGACAAGCCCUCCUUCCGGUAGACUGUCUUACUCGUGAACAUGUUGUAUUUCAAUUUUCAGAAGGCUCCGAGCACAGAUCUCCGUAUGUCUGCUGUCAACGAAAUUCUCAACGAACUGCGUGCUUUUCGUAAAGAAAUGGCAGAUUUCAAGGCGGAGCAGCUGAUUCAGAAACAGAUGAACGAGGCGAUCCGUGCGGAAAUCACUGAUCAGAAUAAGAUCAAUCAGGAAGCACUCGACGAGAUUCGAUCGAUACGAGCGGAGAUGAACGAGAUGAAGACGAAGCAGACGGAGCAAGGGACGAUGAUGGAGCGCGUGAUAGAAGAGAUUCGCAUCCCCGAUUGGUAUAUUUUGAACUCGGACUAA